GGGUUUGUGUGAAAGCUUCAUUCGCCUCACAAACAACCACAGAACCACAAGUGCGGUGCCGAGAUUCUCCUCCAGGACGACGGCAGGGAGCCCCCGGCGGGUAAAUGGUUAAGCCGCCCAGGUCACCUCCAGUCACACGCAGCGAACAAUCAAAUUUACCAAGGGGCCACUGAAACCAAAAAGAAUAAGUAAAACGGGCUAUGGCAUCUAACAGCCUUUUCAGUUCAGUGACACCAUGCCAGCAAAACUUCUUCUGGGAUCCCAGCACCAGUCGGAGGUUCAGUCCCCCGUCAAGCAGCCUGCAGCCUGUCCCCGGGAAGAUGAGCGAUGUGAGCGCGGCGGCGGGCCAACAGGACGCGGCGGUCCCUCGACUCCGGCCGCACGAGAACCGCACCAUGGUGGAAAUCAUCGCCGACCACCCCGCCGAGCUCGUCCGCACUGACAGUCCCAAUUUCCUCUGCUCGGUACUACCGUCUCACUGGAGGUGCAAUAAGACGCUACCCGUAGCAUUUAAGGUGGUGGCCCUUGGGGAGGUCCCCGACGGGACGGUUGUAACAGUGAUGGCAGGAAACGACGAGAACUACUCUGCUGAGCUUCGUAACGCUUCUGGGGUCAUGAAGAAUCAGGUGGCUCGAUUUAAUGACCUGAGGUUUGUGGGCAGGAGCGGAAGAGGCAAGAGUUUCACUCUGACAAUCACCGUAUUCACGAACCCCCCCCAAGUGGCUACUUACCACCGAGCCAUAAAGGUCACCGUGGACGGGCCGCGCGAGCCCCGAAGACACAGACAGAAGCUGGAGGACUCUCCAAAGCCCGGAUUGUUCUCGGACCGUCUGAGUGAGCUGGAGCGCAUCCGUCAGACCACCAUGAGGGUUACCGUGCCAACGCAAAGUCCCCGCCCGUCACUGAAUGCAGGGCCAAACUCCUUCAAUCAACAGGGACAAACCCAGAUCACUGACCCGCGCCAGUCUCAGUCGUCCCCUCCUUGGUCCUAUGAGCAGCCCUACACGCCGUACCUGAGCCAAAUGACGUCUCCGUCCAUUCACUCCACCACGCCUCUGUCCUGCACCCGUGCUACGGGACUGCCUGCCAUCAGCGACGUGCCCAGACGACUCUCAGGAGCCUCAGAUCUGAGCCCAUUCUCUGACCCGCGGCAGUUUGCUGGCCUCUCCUCCCUGACAGAGAGUCGCUUCUCCAGCCCCAGGAUGCAUUACCCUGCCACCUUCACCUACACGCCCACCCCAGUCACCUCGGGCAUGUCCUUGGGUAGUGCCCAUUACCACACCUACCUGCCACCUCCUUAUCCCGGAUCUACCCAAAACCAAAGUGGACCGUUCCAGACCAGCAGUACCCCCUAUCUCUACUAUGGCGCCUCUUCUGGGUCGUACCAAUUCUCCAUGGUCCCAGGGGGAGAUCGUUCACCUUCCCGGAUGCUCCCACCUUGCACUAGCGCCUCCUCUGGCAGUUCCCUGAUCAACCCCAACCAGACGGAUGGGGUUGACGCCGACGGCAGUCACAGCAGCUCCCCUACAGUACUCAACUCCAGUGGACGAAUGGAUGAGUCAGUCUGGAGGCCAUAUUGAUGUUCCAGGACCACAGAGCUUGCAAGAACCACAGUCAGUACUGUACCAAUAUAACAUGGUUUUCAAAGCACAAACUUUUAUUAAGGAAUCAUCUUUUUUUAAAGGACCAUUGUGAAUAUUUUUAUAUUUCAACAUUAACUUUUUAAUUGGGAUGCUGAUGGAAAACUCUGAGGAAUUUCCCUUAAAUAUUUAUUUAUGUGACUGUGUUCCAGAUGCAGGAACAGUGUCAGAUGUAGGGGGCACCCUUGAGCAGGAAAGGCUUUUCCAUAAACCAGGAUAUCCUGGUGACAUUUUCACGUUCCUCCACGGAAGUAGUGUCAAAUCGAGGGACAUUUAUUAAUUAGCACAUUUAUAGAAAUGAAAAGAUUCCCAUUUUCUACUCACAUUUAGCAUGUACUACAGGCUGUUUGCUGGGAAAUAUGCACACAUGUGUGUUGUGUGAAAAUGUCACAUCUGAUGUUAUGGGAAAUUCAGUUUAAGUAUUUCAGAAUUUCCUAUUGCAAUUUACAUUUUUUUACUGUUUUAUUUUUAAGUAGUUAACUGUUGUUCAGUCAUGCUGGUACUCGAUUGAAGUGUGUGUGUGUGUGUGUGUGUGUGUGUGUGUGUGCGUGUGUGCAUGUGCCCGCGCGCGCACGUGAAUGUGAGAGAGAGAGUUAGGGAAAGUCUUAUUCAAUGGUAUCAGAAAAAAAAUUGGCAAACAUUAUUUUAACUUAAACAGUAAAUUGUAGCAGCAAAGGGAUGCCGGUAUUGAUUUUAAAAGAGAAAUAAUAUCAUACAAAGUUAUAAAAUGGUUUAAUGUAUUCAAUAGUUUAAAAUUAAUUUUAAAGCCUAUGUAAUUAAGUUAACCGUGAUUUUUAUAAGUAAUUUAUAUAAUUAGUGCUAUUUUCUAUUUUGGAAACCCAAAGAUUUUUUUUUUUUAUUGUUUCUUAUGUUGCUUGUGUUAAGUUAAAAACUGUGGAAUGUCAAACAUUCGCAUGUGGGACACGGUGACAGCGGCUUCCGGAAAAAAACAAGCUGCGACUGACGUCUGACACCUCAUACUGCAUUCAGUCCUGUCGCGUCAACAAUCAGACUAAGAAACCUAUGCAAUCAAACUCAUUACACAGUAAAGUAGUAACUUCAAGUUACUUCAAGGUACUUCCUUUAUAAUUACACAAAAAUCUGUCCUUUCCAGUGAACUCAAAGCUGUUAGCUGAGCGUACAAGUUCAGUGUCUCCAUUAGUUUGGUGGUAAAUCGAAUAGGACAGAAUAUCAUAGCGUUUAUCACAUGGUGCUUUAAAACAACUGUUAGAAGACUGUUUAUGAGUAAAUUAAACCUACAAAGCCUUUGUGUAUAACAUUAUAUGAAGUAAAGCACUUACAAGAGAAACAUUUACCAGGAUAAAAAUGACCAGGUGAAACAAACAGCCGAUUACCUUGUGCAGUUUUCAUCUCAUGGUUCCCAGAGUUAUGUGUAUAAACAAUCUUGCUAUGAAAUGCAGACAUAAGCAAUAAACGGACAGUGGCAGUUUAAAUGUGUUGGUGGUUGGGGCAUUUAAACUGCCACAAAUGCUGGCGAGUAAUAUUCUAUAAUAUUCUGAAAGUUGCUGCUCCUGUCUGGCACACAGCCAUGCAUUUCGGACGCUGACCAGCCAAAGAAUGCCCUGCUAUUGUCCUUUUUCUCUUAUUGAUUUAUUAGCAAAUACAUUUUCAUAAGAAAUUACCAGAAUUGUCUGCCGAGAUCAGAUCCUUCUCCUGUUGUAAACUGGCGGGGGUGGGGGCGAGGGGGUGUUUGAUUAUUUUCAUUUUUUAUGGAUAUGGAUAACAGGUACUGAUUAACAGUUGCAAACUUUGUAAAAAACACAAAAAAAAAAAACAAAAAAAAAUCUUUUUUUGACUAUUUAUAUGAAGCAUUUAUAUUUCGAAAAAUAUGUAUGUAUUUAUUUUCUCUGAUGGUUAGAGAAGUCCAGCUUAAGAAAUAAUAUAUUUUUCAUCAGUGUCGAUUAUGUCACUCAAUCCCUUGCGUCGGUGAUGAUUAGCAAUUACGGCUAACUUAAGAGGAAGGAAAGGGCACUAUACUAUCACUGUUGGUGGCAAGGCUGCUGCGUUUGCUUGAUUCAUACAAUGAAAUAGUACAAUAUUAAAGAGUUCUUUAUUACACAUUAGGGCUGCGGGCAGCAACCUGGGAAACCUUUGUUAUUAUUUUUUUGUAAUGCUUGUACAGUAAAGUUCUCUUCUACUUUUGCUUCAAAUCAGUUCUACAUUCAAAAAUUGAAUAUAUUGGAAGUGGCAGCCCGCCUAGUCUGGAGUCCAGCCUUGGUGACGUUAGAUCAGUGUUUCCCAAUCCGGUCCUCAGGAACCCACCGUUGGUCCACGUUUUUGUUCUCUCAGAGCUCCCUGCCAGACAGGCCAGGCUUUUUGGCUACUGGGAGCCGGGAGGGAGCAAAAUCCUGAACUGGCUGUGGGUCCUCGAAGACUGGAUUGGCAAACACUGCAUUAGGUAAACCUUGCUGACAUGCCGGCUGUUUGCACCUGCAGUGCCUUUGCCUAAAAUGCCUGAUGAAUGUCGCACUGCCUCCUCCUUACUGUGUUGGUGAGGAACCAGAGUUUCAGCCUCACUAACUGCCCAUUCUGGAUCUCUCUAAACAUCCACAUAUCAAAUAAGGUACAUUUCCAGCAGACGGAGUCGGAGAUAAUUUACUGUUGAACGUGGGGUUCAGUUCUGGUGAAAACCGAACCGUUUUACCCACUUAGUUCAAAGUAAAUAAACUGCACAGUUUGGUGAUGAAAGGGAGGCACAUGGAGUAAACAGCAGCACCAAAACAAACCCGAAUCCCCGAUUGCAGGUUUACAAAGGUGCAGAGCUGUCCUGGUUCUCCUUCCUCCUUGGACCGAUUCCGGAAAAAAAAAGCCCAAAAUCAUUCAAACAAAUAACUUGUCUUGGAGCAGAGAAACUACAUUCAAUCAAAUCACCACAAGAGUUUUCCUAAGCUUUUACUAACAAAUUACACCCCCUCCCCACUUCUUGGUUACGGAAAUGUUUGUCAGCAUUUAAGUAACAUAAAGUUAAAUUAUGUUUAAAAUAAGCUUGAAUUAUUAUUAAAUUAGUUUUGAAGACAAAGGCCAUGGCAGUUUGACUGAAUUAUUGCAGAAAUUACAAGCCAUAUGUGAUGACUGUAACAUGGACAAUCAUAUAAAGUUCAGAGCUGCAGUAAUGAAAUAUCAGUGUACAGUAGUCUUUGCAGUCACAGAUCGUUAAUGCAAGGCCUGCUCCUUACAAUAAAAAGUAACAUUUCAUUUCUUGUUACUUUCCGCUCUUUGGAGAAAAGCACAUAGAUCCGUACACUGCAUUUUUCCUCAGUUUCAGGUGCACCUUGUCCGAGGUGGUACAGUCACUGUUAGACUUUUACAAUCUGUCGACAAGCCCAGUUAUAAGUGUUCUGCAGGUGAAAUAAAAUAAUUCAAUUAAAAACAAGAUCAUUUAUGCUUGUCUAAAGGUACCAAAGAUUUCCUGUUUUUUGCCGGGACUGUAUGUUUGUUCUGUGUUUUAUGCUUUGCUGAGUUCAAGAGAAAAUUUACGAGGAUGCAAAUAAGGCCUGAUAGGCAAAAACAUUAACUAUGGUUUGGGAUGACCUGUCAAAUCCAUUUAAGAAAUAUUUUUGAACACCUGAUUUUUAAAAUUCUUUAUACUAUGACAUGCUUUUGUACCUUGACUGGAUCAGAUAUCCAGCAUAAAAGAUGAUCUUAUAGUUGACUGCAACUAUAACAGCAGCCAAACAUUGUUUACAAAACGUUUACAAACCACAAGCCUUUUUGAUUUAUAUAUAGGUAGAUGUUUGUAUGUUUGACAAUACGUAUGCUUCAUGCUUUUGAAUUAAUUGUUAUUUUGGACUCUUGCAUAUUGUACAGAAGCUUUUGUAUGUGUUUGGGUCCGGUUCUGUUUUAUCCUAAAGCAUAACGAAUGCCAAAUAACACCUUCUAAAAGGGCCAGUUUUAUACAGGAAAUGAGGGAUAAUUUCAUGAUUGCAUUUUGUUUCAAAAUAAAUUUCAAAAUAAAAGUUGCUUUCGGCA